AUGACUCUCUCCAGCCACAUGGGUUUCAUGACAUGGGAAGGCGGGGGGGAGGAACGUGGAAAGGGGAAGAGGCAGGAGGGGACCAAGGGGGUCCUUGGGGGCAGCCGAGAAAAGAAGGCCCUGCCUUUCCAGUUCCAUACAUUGUUCCCGACGCAUUCGUCCAAGGCUUUCUCGCUUUCUCUCGCAGACACUGCCCAGUUGGCUCACGGAUACGGAUCCCAGCUUGAGCCCACACUCGCUGUCAACUACCUGCCUGCCUACGACACACUAACAGCAACAUUGCCCGUCUGUGUGUCGGUCGAUUGCCCACCAGCUGGCCCUGGCUUGUCUGGCUCCUCCGAGGUACGCGCGCUGAAGAGUUCUGAAUCUGAAUCUAUCCGUAACCACGACCUGCUCUACUCGUCACCUUUGACUAGCCCCGAGCGACACACGGAGGGCCGCCAGUGUCCGGCGACCACCAACCAGAGGUCCUUGUCGCGGCAACCCAUCCAGGGGCACACUGCAAGACCUCCCCCCUCCAUCUCAAUCCGACGCCCUGUUUGGUUCGCACCAAGAGAAGUCAAGGAUACCAAGAACGCCUGCGGGCAACCCAAUAAGAACCGACGAGACCAGAAGACCAGACCAAACGUCGAAGCAGAUCAUGUCUCGGAUAUACCUGCUCUCUCUCCCCCUCGUGUGCCGGAGGGGCCAUCCUGUUUCCGCUGGUUGGCAAAGACUGAGCGCAUUCGGCUAUCGUCUGAGAACGCCUCCACGCGCUACCCUGGACUUGAAUACGGAUACAACUACGUACUAUACCGCCUCGCCAACUCCGUCCUCCCGUUCCCUCGUACUCCGUGCUUUGUACCCAUCUACCCUUCCGUCGCCGCCCUUCCCCCCCCUCCAUCUCGCAUCUUGCAUCCUGGCCCAUCGACUCGCACUCGGCUUCAAGGACGCCCGACCUCCAAUCACCUAUUGUACGAUUUCAGCGACGACGACCUGGCAAAUAAUCACUUGAUUGCCCUUGUUAAUGUCGCAGCAUCACCGUCGAAUGUCGUUGGCUGCGAGCCGUUAAUCUUUCUGGGAAAUUGUCAGCAAAGGGCUCCCACCAUCGUCGCAUUUCUCGAUCGGAGACAAACCUACUUUUGCUGCACCUCCACGAACGGACCUCUCGACUGCAUUUGGAUGGCUGUGGCUACCGGCAGCCUGCGCAACACCUUGAACCCCCCAGCUACCGACUUCAUGGCUUCGACCCAAGCUGCGCUGCCGUUCCUCACGCGCAACUAUUCAAACACGCAGACCCAGUGCCCUCCACCGCCCAACGGCCCUUGGCCUAGUCGUCGCACUUCACUCUCCAGUUUCCCAGCUUCGCGAUCGCCUUCGUCAAUGUCCAACACAUCUCGCCCGUCGCGAUCUCCCCAGCCGCCUCCCAUUGCCGAGACGGACCGCUCCUCAAACCCGAGCUCAAAGUCAAAGACACCGUCCACUGGUGUCUCGUCACAACACUCGUCGCUGUCUGCCCCGAGGCGAUACAAUCCGGAUGCGCAUCCUCCCCGCAAGUUGCGCUCGCAAUACCCGCGAGGUUCCACCGAGAACCAUGUCGAGUACAUCUUGGUGGCCUCGUUCGAUAUAGAUCGGGGCCCGGUCAUGGAGCACCAAUACCCUGUUUCCAUUACCGGCGACGAACAUAUGCUCGCAGAACUCAUGUUGCCCGAUCAGGCCCACGUUCGGAAUCAGGACUGGACUAUUUUCUUCUUACACAAGGACACGAGCCAAGAGGAAGAGGACGAGGAACGUAAGGCGAAAGAGGCCAGGAAGAGGAGAAGAAGGCGUUUGCGCAAUCGCGCUGCUGGCAUCGUCGACGAGGAAGAUGACGGCGCGGACUUGGACGAACAUGAGGGGGACCUUGAUGACUUGGACGAAUACGACGACGAGGAUUCGGACGACGGCGAACCCGAAGGCGGAGAAGGCCCGCCGUUGAUCUAUGUUCUGAACUUGGUCAACACAAAGCAGGACAAAACGGUCAAGAGAGGUGCUGUUGUCAAGGCGAUGGCAAUCUGCACGAGGCAUCCCUUCCUGCAUAUAUACAAGUACUUUAAGGCGCCCGUUCCCGAGACGCUGGCGAUGCUCUACGAAGCCGUCAACGCAAUGGACCUGUCUCUCAUGCCGAAGCUUAGCCUACUUGAGAGGCACCUGCUUUUGGCUAGUGACAACAAAGAUCUGUUCGUGGAAAAGUUUGAGCAAAUGAUUCAAAUGCGGAUAACCGAGGACCGCGGCGAACACCUCUCAGAUCAGCCUUUCGAUGCAAGUCGAGACCCUCCAAAACUGCCGGGUGUUUCUAGAGCAGGAACAAAAGCGCACGUCGAAGGUGCUUCGCAGUAUUCGGUUCCAAGGGACACACACGAGUUUGAAAGCAGAGUCAUGUACAAGGGCAUACCAAUUCCCAUCAAAGUUCCCGUCGCUGUCAUGCCGGAAACGGUGGGCGACUUUUCUUUGAUCAAACUGAUCCAGAAGUUUUCGGAGCCACAAGGCAAGGCGCCACAACCGUUCCCCUUGCAUCCUCAAUUGACGACAAACGGCCCGCAUACGCACCCCAUCAUUGUAUUGGUCAAUGCGUUGUUGACGCAAAAGCGGGUGAUCUUCCUGGGGCACAAUAUGCCAUCAGGCGAGGUUGCGGAGGCAGUCUUGGCGGCCUGCGCCUUGGCAUCCGGCGGUACGCUCAGGGGCUUCACGCGUCACGCGUUUCCUUAUACCGACUUGACCAAGAUUGAUGAUCUCCUCAAUGUUCCCGGCUUCAUUGCUGGAGUCACCAACCCGACAUUCGAACUGCACCCCGAGUGGUGGGAUGUAUUGUGCGACUUGCCUACAGGCCGAGUCAAGAUCAGUGGUAAGAUCGAUUCGGCUCCAGUGACGGAGGGAAUGGUCUACUUUCAACAGCAAAACCCGUCAUAUGCUGGGCUUGUCGGAGGCACCUCCAAGGUCGCGGCCGAAAGUGAUUUGACAGGCGACGCGGCUUUCAUGCAAGAUAUCCUACGAAGUAUCGCGGCAAGGCACGGUGAGAGAGUAAUACGCGCCAAAUGGCGAGACUGGGUUAUCAAAUUCACGCGAAUCGCAGCUGCGUUUGAGGAAAGUGUGUACGGCGCAAGUGCUCUUUACAUUGGCGGCGACGAACUAGAGAUGGGUCCGGUGGGCGUGAACGGGCACGGCUACGUGUGGCCUGAUGAACAAUCGAAACACAAGGAGCUUGCGGGUAAUGUGACGAGGAUCGAAGGGUGGAGGAACACAAGGAGCUACUACAGCUUCAUCCAGGAUCUCGCACUGCUUUACACAGUGAGGCCGUUGAAGGGCCUCGACUUACACCACAUGCACGACCGACUACGGACACAACGGCUCAACCCGAUGCAAAGCAAGGAAAUCUACGCAGCGUUUCACAAGUAUGUCCACUCUUACGACGAGAUCUGUUUGCUGUUGAGCGUUGCGCCAGAGUCGCAUGCUGGCCUGUUCUACGUCGCACUUGGCCUCUUCCACAAGGACCGCGAAGUGCGCCUCAAGACGGCCGACCUGCUGGAACGCAUUGGCGAGCACGAGGCGGGGCAGCACUGGUGGAAGGCUCUCAGCCGGUUCGAGAAACUGGCCUACAACCGCAUUCGCAAGGAGAUGGACGCCGAGAUGCGGGCGAAGCUCGAAAAGGAGGGCUUGAGUCCCGAGGUGGAGAAACGGGUCAGCUAG